AUGGAAACGAAGAAGCGACCGAUCAACAACCCUCUAGUGUUUUCGUCGAUAGUUUUAUCUUUUGCUGCCUGUUUCUUGGCAUUGAUUCACGUCGAGAUCGAGCUUCACGCACAUCGGAAAAUGCUUCAAGUCUUGACUCAACAGAGAGAAGAAAGUAUCCACUCACGAGGCACUGUGAACGAUAGAUCGAUUGCCUCCGCGCUGUGUAGUGACACUGGUAAAGGUGAGUGCUUUGGUUUACUAGUUCGAUUCUCGUAGGCUUAGAAAUCGAACUGUUGCUUCACAAUGGACCUUUUUGUCAAAACUUUAAGCAUUCCGCAACAACGCCCUCAAUAGUUAGAUUCCGAAACUAAGCCGUAAUUUUUUUGACUCUAAAAAGAACUAAUUUUUUUAAUUGUAAAUAAUACUGAUCAGAACCGACAUUCUGGCGUUUCGGUUUCAGCUAGUUUGGUACAGGUCGAGAAGAUUCCCCUUUCUCUUCUGAAGGGCUGAAACCUAACGCCGUGACAAAGCGUAUGAUAUGGCGAUUCAAUUUCAGUAUUUGCCGAUAAGAAUGUUCUUUUCUUUUCUUUUUAGUCCAUGAAAAUAUAUGGCAUGCAGUCCAAAAUAGAUAAAGUUUGUCUUGAACCAGUGUUGUAAGCCAUUAUGUUACUGCAAAAUUUAGUUUGUUACAAGGGGGUAAUUGAAUCGACCAAAACAUUCUUUCACUGGGAGAUCAUAAGAGUGACAUAAAUUAUCCCUCAGUUGCAGAAAUACAAAUUCGUCACAAACGCAACGCCAAUAAUGUAAACAAGAAAUCAAACGUCAGUGAGAUCAUUAGUAGGGAGGACAUAAAGAAGGAAGUUAAACUGGCGAUGAGUAACUUCGCCUGCAUGGCACAUUGUCCCAAGGGAGUCAGGGGAAGACGAGGAAGGCCAGGUCCCCCAGGCAAACAUGGUCCAGCUGGGCCCCAGGGACCACAUGGACCGAGAGGUCCUCAAGGAGAUCAGGGGCCUCCUGGACUUAGAGGCGAUCAAGGCCCUCAAGGACCCAAGGGUGAUCCUGGUGAAUCCAUCUCAGCUCCAUCGAUUGUGUCACCUCCGAUGUCCAUGGUGGUGAACGAAACUGGUAUAGCCUCACUGCAGUGUGAGGUUAAGGGAAAUCCAGUGCCCCAGGUCACGUGGCUGAAAGAAAAUUCGCGUCUUCCCGCCGACAGACGAAUCAUGCAAUCACGUGGUGGCCUUAUGAUAAGAGAUGUGACGUCACAAGAUGGAGCAGUGUACACGUGUAGGGCAAAAAAUAUUCUUGGAGUCGUGCCCUCAUCAUCCACAUUGACUGUUCAAGGUAAAUUUCUUGUAUUUAUUUUCCAUUGAAGUCUUAAUUCACCGUCAUUUUCUCUUACAGUCAUACAUUUAAACAAGGUGAAUACUGUUACAUUACUAACAAAGGUACGUACAUAUUUAUCGAAGCUUUUGAAGAACUUAGAGGCUCUUAUAAGGUAUACAGUUGGGGCUGUUUACUAAAGUCUUGUUCCCGAUACCACUAGCCCCCCCAGAGGUUGUGAAGAGAAGAUUAGGAUUAUCACACGACAAAAUUAAAUCAUGGGAACAAUGCAAAUAAAACUGUAUGACUUGCAUAUUUCUGCAGUCGACGUCAAGAUAUAUUUCUUUUUAAGCAUCUUCUUCCAUAAGUUUGUCUUUAGAUAUUGGUAGCCGUGUUGGGUUGAAUUUCGCAGUUAAACCGAGAACAAAGUUUUUAAGCCAAGAUUCUCUCUUCUUGACAUGAGGGUCCCUAAUAGGGUUCUUCAAUCCCGUAAUCCCGUCAUCCCCGGUUAUUUUGGAUAUUCUAACUCGCACACAUGCUUUCAAUCCCAAAUCUUGCCCGAUUUUGCUUUAAAAUCCUGA